GAAUACGUACACAUGAAAAGCCAUACUGGGGAGAUUCUUCUUACUGUCUGCACUAGGGACCAAAGUAAUUGUAUCAGUAGAGCCGUCUCAGUAUGCACUUGUGAAGUCUUACUUGUGAGAGCAUGUAAAUAAAUGUAAAAUACACAAGAGAUCUCAUGAAGGGAGAAUGAAGUUCAUUUGCACUGUACAUAUUAUCAUCAUUAUACGCUCGUUUUGACACAAACAUAAUAUGUACUUUGCAAGAGCCCAUCCUAUGUAAACAGCAAUUUACUUCAUAUACAGGCAGUCCCCGGUUAUCGGUGGGGAUUCCGUUUUGACUGGCUCAAUGAUGAAGCAAAAAUUGCCAUUAACCAAAAUUCAGCGAUUUAUGGUGCCGAUAACCAGAUUUUGGUGCUGAUAAUUGGUUAAUGGCACCUCUUUUAAGUAUGUGUCGGGGCAAUAACUCAGUUAUCGGUGCUGAUAACCAGAACUUGGUGCAUUAUGGCGCUAGAGAAACCCCAUAAAACUGGAUUGCCAUUAACCGAGUCCACCAAUAAUCCUGUACAUUUCAAUCUGUUCCAAUCCCUGUGUUUCAAGUUCAUUUCACUUGUCUAUUAAUUGUAUAUAUUUUUUUUUUUUACCUCUUAAUUCUUGAUGCAGUAUUACCAUGUGCUCACCAUGGGUUAGUACUUUGAGCGUUCAAGCAUAAUGUAUCUUGCCAAACAGGUCAUUUGUUUGUUUCACCAUUUCCUUACCUUUAGUACUAUUUUCAUGUUUAGCUUUUCUUUUUUCACUGUAUUAAAGAGAUGUGUUGAUUAGGCAUUUGCUUAUCACUGGCCACUUGAGCUUAUGGGUGAAUGGUGUACCAGCUUUGUUUGGAAUGGUUAAGGUAAUCCAAUGAAAACCAAGAUUAAUUUAGCUCUGAAAAAAUGACUGCCAACAUUCAGAUCUAAUUUGUUUUUCCUCAAAGGAUACUCAACAAAGUCAAGUGAGCUUUUAUGCUGUGGGACACUGAAAUUGUAUUUAAAGCUUCUGAUUUACUGUUUGUUAUGAGAGAUUCACAACAUGUUUUUACUCUGAUUCUUUUAAUUUCAUUUUUCAGAGUAUCCCAAACAGAAGGAAAUGACAUCUGAAACAGGUUUCUGGUGUGAAAGCAUAGUGGUUUGGUUUGCGUAAUUGCUUCAUCUCAGAUUGGCAGUUAUAUUAUAUGAAGGUUUUCUUCAGUGGUGUCCAGUUUUGAUAAAAAAGCUAACAAGAAUUCAGCAUAAUACUCUUCAAGUGGUCUGAAAAUGGCAGCUGAAAGCUCAACAUUGCCUACAGUCAAACAACAAAAAGAAAAUUUAGAAGGGGAUGUAACUGAGAUGACAGUUGAUAGCUCUUUGUUUUUAGAGCCUUCUGUAGAAGUCAAGGAAGAGCCAGAAUUUAUUAGCAGUGAUGAAUUUCACGGUGACUACUGCUAUUCUCUAAAGAGUGAGGAAGACUGUGUGAGUUGUGAUGAAGAAAGUGGAAAGAAAAUAAUUGGAGAAAGAAAUGUACAGUUAUACACAGCAGUCACUGAGGAAUCUGUCACCCCUUUUGAAUCUUGUGAAAAGAUUUUCUGUGAAAAAUUCCCUUAUGAAACUGAUGAGAAUAGUUGCAAAAAUGUGGAGAUGUUUUCAUUGAACACUAAUAUGGAAGGGGAGCCAGUAACGCAUGAUGAAUACCAGAGCAGUUAUUCUCCCUCAGAUCAAAUGGGAACCCGGAAGAGUAAUCAUGCUGGAGAGAGACCAUUCACUUGCCCCGAAUGUCAGCGUACUUUUACUCGCUUGAAUAAUCUGAAUAUCCAUGUAAAGUCUCAUAAAGAAAAGGAAAAGAAAUUAUUUACUUGCUCCGAAUGUCAAAAAAGUUUUUUCCGAUCAUGCAUUCUCAGAAGACACAUGAGAAGCCAUACAGGAGAGAGGCCGCUCAGUUGCACUGUAUGUUUGAAAACUUUUGCAUAUUCAAGUAAUCUAAAAAUUCACAUGAGAAGUCACACUGGGGAGAAACCAUACACUUGUUGUGAAUGUCAGAGAAGUUUUAUCAGCUCGAGUCAGCGAAAAAAACACAUGAGAACUCAUACUGGAGAGAGACCUUACACUUGCUCUGUGUGUCAAAAUACGUUCAGUUUCAAAAGAAGUCUCAAGGUCCACAUGAGAACUCACACUGGAGAGAAACCGUACAAUUGCUCUGAAUGUUCCAGUAGUUUUGCUCAUUCAGAUAGUUUCAAAAGGCACAUGAGAACUCAUACUGGAGAGAAAAAACCUUAUGCUUGUCCUGAAUGUCCUAAUAGAUAUUCUUAUUUAAAUAGUCUGAAAAUACACUUAAAAACUCACACUGGAGAGAAAGAGUUCACUUGUCCCGAGUGUCAAAAAAGCUUUGCUUUAAAAAAUGUUCUCAAAACCCAUAUGAGAACUCAUACAGGAGAGAAGCCUUACACUUGCAGUGACUGUCAAAAAAGUUUUACUCAGUUGCAUAGUCUCAGGAAGCACAUAAGAAUUCAUACAGGAGAGAAUUCACCUACAAGAGAGAAGCUAUUUAUUUGCCCUGAAUGUUCAGGUACUUUUUCUCGUUCAGAUACUCUCAAAAUACACAUGAGAACUCACACUGGGUUGAAACCAUUUACUUGCGCUGAGUGUCAAAGUAGUUUUUCCCAAGUGUGUCAUCUUAAGGCCCAUAUGAGAAUUCAUACGGGAGAAAAGCCGUACUCGUGCACAGAAUGUCCGUGUAGUUUUUCUCACUCGAGUCAUCUCAAAAGGCAUAAGCAGAUUCACACUGGAGAGAAGGCUUUCGUUUGUGCCAAAUGUCCAAGUAGUUUUUCUCUCUCCUGUCAUCUUAAAGCACACAUGAGGUGUCAUAUGGAAAAGAAGCCUUAGACUUGUAAUGAAUAUCAUAGAAGUUUCAUCUUAGAAUACAUAUGAAAACUUAUAUAGGAUUGAAGUCAUUUACAGUUCUUAUAUUUUGUACCAAAGUAAUCAUUUCAUUAGGACCUGCUCAAAAUCCACAUAUAAUCUUGUGGAAGAGAGAAUAUCUCGUGGAAGAGAGAAUAUCUCGUGGAAGAGAGAAGCCAGUCAUAUAUGUUAGUGGAGUGUUUCUCAUAUAAUUAAACUCCUCUCAAUAGAGUCUUAGUCAGGAAAAUAUUUCUGGGGCAAAAUUCAGUUUAGGUGUAAAAAUAGCUAGUAUGAUUUUAUAACCAAGAACAAUAGUAAUUGGUACUGCCACUCUCAUUCCAGUACUUUCAGUAUUUAAACUUUGGAGUUAUCAAACUCCUUUAUACGCAUUCUAAGGUCAUGAUCAUUAAAUGAAUUAGUUAAGAGUUUUGGAGUAGAAUUCAAAUUUGCCUGGUGGCUGUGAAGAUGGAUUUUUAACAUUUGUAACAACAGGCAUUUGUAAAAGGAAAUGACAAUAAUUCAAGGAAAUGAGAGCACUACUCUGAAUUUUGUCAUUUCUUUCGUUAUCUUUAUAAUCUCACCUUCAUACCAUCUUCAUAAUUAUCCCUUUUGUGUGGUGACAUGAAACAAUUCUCCUUUACUUUCUUGUUCGUAUAGUAUAGAUCUUUGUCUGUGCUCCUUUUGAUGAUUUUCUGAACCAUCUUGCAGGUCCUUGUCCUAAUUUUACACCUAUACUCUUUUUCUGACCAAGCUGCUCCCUACCCCUUCACAUCAUAAUAUUUUGUCCAGGUCAUAUGUAAUUUCUUUCAAAUGAGCACCAAUGUUCUUUGGCAGAUUAGAUAUCAAGUUUACUCCUCCAGGCCUGUUUUAUCUGAUUAGUAUUAAUCACCUGAAUAAUAAUAAUAUCUGCAACCUUCUUAUUUUUAUUGCAGUCUUCCUACCAACUGAGUACAAUAUGUACGUAUUAGCAUUAGAUAGUUACACCUCUUCAGGAUCUUCCCUAUUGUCUCUGUAAAUUACCAUUCCUGCUGUGUGGAUUAUGCAGUCCUGUCUCAAAAUUAAAAGAUCUUUUAUGUCUUCUAAAGCUAGCUCAACAUGGUGCUUCUUCUCUCACUUUCCCACUUGCCGACAUAACACGUUUUGGUCAGCCAGAAAAAAAAAGAAAGUUUAUCUUUGGCAUUUUCAGUGUACCCAGUUAUAACGUUUUGAAGGGGUUGCAGUAGACAUAUUAAAUAAACCUAUUUUUUAAUCAAGAAUAAAUCCUUUUAUGUAGAGAUUCAAAUUUCAUUUUUCCACAAUCAUCAUCUUUGCUCUUCUUGUAUUGAAUAUCAGUGGAUGUCUUUUGGACGGAGUUCAGGGUUUAAAGACUUCUUUUCCAUAAUUGCCCCCUUUAAAUGUUGAUUCUUAUGCCAAGUCCCUCAGUAUAUACAUCAAUUUCAAGGUGUCACAUCACUUCUUAUUUUACCACUAUUUUUCGGUUCCCAUGCGCUUAUUAUUUGGCCUCUCGUCUAUGUCUUUGAUUAGCUUAUUUUUUUGUUUUGUUAGAAUUGAUUGAAAAAAAAGUCAGUUUAUUAAUAUGAUAGCAAAUUGCUUUUUAAUUAACCCAGUUGAAUACGUAAAUUCAUUACAGUACUUUAGAAAACACGAUGCAAAAUUAAGAUGACACAUGGAUAACAGCAUCGAAAUGAACGGAAGCAUCCAGGGUAACUGAAUACAGGAAAACAUAUCAGAGGGUUAGAAUUCACAUACUGUAGUGUAUUCAAACAAAAUGCUUUCCAGAACAUUUAAACAAAAAAAAAAAAAAAAAAAAAAAAAUUAAAAACAGUUUAAUUGAUAAGGUAUUGUUGGACUUUGAGGAAAUGUUUGUUUCUUCAAGAUUAUUUCUUUGGUUCAUCCAAAAUUUCGUGCAUUUUUUCCCCGGUGCAAAAGUUGUAAGAUAUAAGGUAUAUGUACUAUGUAUACUAUGUUACAAUAUCCCAAUAUAUUAAUAUGUACCUACAAAUUCUGUUACUAUUCUUUACAAUUUAAAGUGAAUACUAUAAAGUUGAGGGAACUGAGUUAUUCACAUUAGCCAGUGAGGGAUUAUAUUGCAUAACCUAUGUAUGAAACAGUAAAUUCUAGACAUUAGUAUUUAUUUUUGUAUUAAUUACAGAUGUACUUACACUUCACUAUACUGUACCAUUUUAGAAUAAAAUCUAUUUCCACUUCACUUUUCGUUUCCAUGUAUAUUUUAUGAUAUUUGUUAUUGAAUGUUUUAGUAUUGUCAUUGAAAAUUGUAAAUUGUUUGUGUUUUCAUAAAUAAGCAUCUUAUACGUAAUGCCCUUGUAUCCAGAGUUCUAAGUUAUGUAUACUGAAAUAUAGAUAGUAUAUUGCAAACAUAAAAUUGAUUGUAUAUACUCUUGUAUUAUAGUUCUCAGCUUAAAUAUUAUUUAUUGAAUUUUAGUUGUAUAUAAAGACAGUUGCUUAUGUAAUUCACCAUGAAUUAAAUGCU